AUUCAAGUCCGUAUGCAGGGAACCCAGAUUGUAAUUUGAGCGACUAUUCACUUCAACUACAUGGUUGGGACGUCGUUCACAUCUAAAAUAACACAACCUGAAUCGCGUAUCCAUUUUGAGGCAUCCGUGUUUACUUUGUCCUUAAAAAACCGAUUUUCGCUCAGAGAGCGAUAGAAACAAAUUUAAAUUCGUGGCUCUAAUGGCGACAAUGAGAAAAGCUGCGAUGAACCUCUACCGAGUGAUCAACUAUAACAAAGCCACCGUCGCUGCUUCCACAAACCCCCUUCUCACUCUCAGACCUCUUUUUUGUUAUUCCAUGUUUACCCCUUUCACAUCCCACACUCGAACUCAAUCCCUAGAAAUUGAUUUAUCUAACGAAGAAAGCAAAAGGCGCUUGUUUAACAGGCUAUUAUAUAGAAGCAAACAACGAGGGUUUCUGGAACUCGAUUUGGUUCUCGGUAAAUGGGUUGAGGAUAACAUCCACUCGUUGGAUGAAAAUAAAAUUAAAGCGCUUGUUCAUGUUCUCGACCUGGAGAAUCCAGAUUUAUGGAAGUGGAUAUCGGGGCAGGAACAACCCCCAGAAUCAGUCAGUAAAAACCCAGUCUUUGCUGCAGUGCACGGAAGAGUUAUGAAAAACCUUGAUAGCCAUUCUGCUCCUGAAGCAAGAGCAACACCUGGCCAACCAUGGGUAAGAGGCUGGGACGAUAUUAAGAAAGGGCGAGACGGUCCUGUUUCUGGAAAUCAGUAGCUUGAGAUUAUCAUCUGUAAACAAUGAACAAAAUCUGGUCCAUGAUUUUUGUCACUAUAAAUGACUAAAAUAAGGGCUGCGUAACUGCAACUUAGAGGUUUGUCUUACCAACAAUAAAUCAGUGAAAUGGGUCUAAAUUGGAAGAUUGCGACUUCCUAAGAAUCUUUACUCUGCGUCAGUUUAUCUAUUUUAUAUAUAUUAAGUUUAUUGUUGAGUGAUUGUUAAUAUAUUGUAUUUUUUUUUCUUUAGUUUCUUUUCUUUUGGCCAUGGGAGUCUGGGACAUAUACUGGAGUUUGAUUUAAAUAUGUUUUAAUUGCUGU